AUGCUGGUUCUCGACGAGGCCACCAUGGAGUUCUCGCGCGUCCCGUUCCUGACCGACAACAACGACAAUACUGGCGGUCCGUACGACAGGUGGAGCUUCCGAGUCAUUGGUGGCAAGGACAGCCACGCACCGCGUGUCGUCCGCCUGGUAAGCAACGAGCUCAUGGUCCUCGUGGAGCACCAGCAGGGCCAGGGCGGCGAUAAGUGGUGGGUGGUCGAGAAGCUCGUGCGGCUGCCGGAGGCCACCCUCGGGCUGGAGGGGCGCAAGCAGAGGUUCUUCCAGCGCAACGCUAUGAUCGUCGCGGCGCAUGAGACAUAUGUUCUCGUGACGCCGCGUGAGAAGACAUGGCUGUUCUCCGUGGAGCUCGAGACGUUGCACGUGGAGCGUGAGCACCAAAGGAACAAAUAUGCCGGAAUGGCGCACCCGUUUCAGCUGCCUUUGCCGCCAAGCUUGAUGGCAUGUGCUCAGCACGGUAGGCGCAGACAAUCGUAA